GGCAUUAUGACCCGGGGCUGGAACGGGCGCAAACGCGUAUCGCCAGGAGCGACGAGGAGCGACGACGUGGCGGCAGCGCGAUAAAGAAGCGUCCGGUGGCAAGGAACGCGAGCUAUCUGACGAGGCCGCGACCCUGAGCCCGAUACGAAGACGCGUGCACUGGUGGACUCUGCGCGAGUAGUGGUGGUAGCGAUGGUGGUGGUGGUGAACGGUAGCGAAAGAAGCUACGGCACAGCGGUAGCUGAGUAGUCGGCCAACGGACGAGGGACGCGAGGGAGUGCGAGAGAGAAAUAGAGAGAGAGAGAGAAAAAGACGAGAUACGACAGGAGGACACGAUUCGCGGGCCCGCGAGGAGAGAGAGAGAGACGGAGAUAUAGACAACGGCCGGUGGGAAGAGCGCGGCGGGCCGGGCUAUCGCGGGCGAUCCGAAAGGUCGCGGGUUCACGAUCGCUCCUGCGGAGUCGUCGGGAGAACAUGACGAUCUGCCAGCGCGUCUGACGCGUCGGGUGUCUUCCCAGUGCGCCGGAGGACGACGAUCGGUCGACGCGAAUCUCGAUCCUCUCGGGGAUCGGUGAAUCUUGGAGUCCCCGGACUUUUUUCAACUCGUGCGAUUCGCACGCCGAUCCGUGGAACGGGAUCCUCGCGAGUGCGUUGCCGUUUAUGUGACAGAUACGUCGUUGCGUGUAACAGAUACGUUGUGUCGUAUAUAAUAGACGCGCGCGCGCGCGAGUUUCGGGGGACAAGAUGCCGCUCUUCGGCAAGAAGGACUCGAACAAGAAGAUGAAGAAGGACGGGAAGGACGACAGGUCGCCCUCCGUCGAGGACAAGUACGUCCUGAAGGAUCUAUUGGGCACGGGUGCAUUUUCCGAAGUGAGACUAGCGGAGAGUAAAGAGAAGCCUGGUCAAAUGUUUGCCGUGAAGAUAAUCGACAAGAAGGCGCUAAAGGGAAAGGAGGAUUCGUUAGAGAACGAAAUCAAAGUUCUGCGAAGGUUCAGUGAAAGUGCGACACCACAGAGUGGUGGCGGAUCGCUCAGGUCGGAUAGUAGUGGCGAAAAGAGAUGGUUAACUCAUCCCAAUAUCGUUCAAUUGUUGGAGACGUUCGAAGAUAAACACAAAGUCUAUCUAGUUAUGGAGCUGGUCACCGGUGGAGAGCUCUUCGACAGAAUCGUGGAGAAGGGUUCAUACACGGAGAAAGAUGCGUCCGGCUUAAUAAGACAGGUGCUCGAGGCGGUUGAUUACAUGCACGAACAGGGUGUCGUUCACAGAGAUCUCAAGCCCGAGAAUCUUCUAUAUUAUAGCCCGGACGAAGAUAGCAAGAUCAUGAUCAGCGACUUUGGCCUAUCGAAAAUGGAAGAUUCCGGGAUUAUGGCAACCGCAUGCGGCACACCGGGAUACGUCGCACCCGAGGUUCUCGCGCAGAAACCGUACGGCAAGGCCGUGGAUGUUUGGAGUAUAGGUGUCAUCUCGUAUAUUCUUUUGUGCGGUUACCCUCCGUUCUACGACGAGAAUGAUGCCAAUCUAUUCGCGCAAAUUCUGAAAGGUGAAUUUGAAUUCGAUUCACCAUACUGGGACGACAUCAGUGAUUCCGCGAAGGAUUUCAUCCGAAAACUGAUGUGCGUCAAUGUCGAGGAGCGUUAUAGCUGCAGACAAGCUCUUGCACAUCCUUGGAUUUCUGGCAACGCUGCUAGCAAUAAGAACAUCCAUGGUACUGUAUCGGAACAACUUAAAAAGAAUUUUGCCAAAUCGAGGUGGAAGCAAGCGUAUCACGCGGCCACGGUCAUACGCCAGAUGCAACGAUUGGCAUUAAACGCGGCCAGCAGCAGCAGCAGCAGCAACAGCAGCAGCAGCAGCAGCAACAACAGCAAGAGGGUAUAGGUUCAAUCGGCCCUUCCGCCGGCAAUCCCAUGCAAUAUCGAGAGCAACCGCAAAUCAAUUACAACCAGCACACAGGGCCGUUGGGAUCGCUGCCACCCUCGAGCCACCUCAGCAACUGAACCAGACUACGUUGUUCAACGCGUCGCGCAAGUCUACUGACAUUUACGAAUCUCACUUCU